AUGCAAGGAAGACCAUAUACAGAACAGGUAGCAUCACCAAAUUUACCAAAGAACUUAUCACUAUUUCGCAUUUUCCUCCCCGAAGAGGUUGCAAACCAUUUUCGAGAACAAGCAAGAAAUCCUAGCCAAAUUGCCAAGGAAAUGUUUGAUAAAUACCUUGUUGCAUCAACAGGUUAUAGGUAUUGCAUCAUGAAAACUCUUUUUGUUACCUACAGACAGUUAAAUUAUGUUAUAAAUCACCAUAAUGAAGAGGAAAUGAAAAUGAUCAACGAUUUUAAUCAAGCAAUUGCAUUAGUUGUUACCAAACAUAUGACAGUAAUAGAGAAUAAUGGAGUUACAUUUACAUAUGUAACAGAUUUGUGCGAUGUGAAGAUUGUUGAAGGUUGGAUGGGUAUGUUUGACAUUGUUGGAGCAGAUUAUAGUCAUUUCAGAACCGGCAAAUUGAAGAAGAUCGGAGAUACGCUUUUUAAACUGUAUUUCCUCCUCAACAUGGAAAUUCAAAGAGGAAAGUACCCUGAUACAGGACUUCAAAUCCCAUCACCUGAAGAAUAUCAUGAUUUCAUGGGAGCUGAAAAAUUCCUUAAGAAAGAAGAUCUUGAUAAUUUAGAUUAUUAA